UUAAAAGAACUUUUCAAUUUAUCGUAAAAUUUUCAAAUUCACAGCUUUUUCAUACACACCUACAGAAUAUAACAUCAUAUCGAGAUAUCAUCUAGGGGAAUUUUCGCGUUAUCGUGUUGUAUAAUUUGCCCGCCGGUUUAACGUUAACGGUCCCAUCUGGAUAGAAUACGGAGGAAAUCACGGGCUAUUGCCGCAAAGCGCGGCAAAAAAGUCAAAUUUUCAGAAUGGACGGAUCAUGACGAUGGUGGACAUAACCAAGAGAGUCCGGUGGAAGAUGAGGAGGAGGAGGAGAAGGAGAAGAAUAGCACGGCCUCCUCGCCCAAGAAGCGGGGAGGCGGGGGAGACACCUGUAUCGACAUUCCUAGAUCUGACAACUAUGCGAUGAUGAAUUUGCUGGAGAAACCCCAUAUUGAUAAGAAAGUUAAAAGACACAGCAUCCAUGGCAUGAUGGAGGAGGAAAACGUAAUCAGACCUCACCAAGAAAUCGCACAACUAACUCUAGACGAAAAAAAGUUCCUUUUAGCGGUAGAACGAGGCGACGUGGCAUCUACACGAAGGAUGCUACAACGUGCGGAAGACACCAGCUAUAUCAACAUAAACUGUGUAGACCCUCUGGGACGUAGCGCGCUCCUAAUGGCCAUAGAUAACGAAAAUCUGGAAAUGGUGGAGCUCUUAAUAGAAUACAGGGUGGAGACGAAAGAUGCUUUACUGCACGCCAUCUCGGAGGAAUUUGUGGAGGCUGUAGAAGUUUUACUGGACCACGAAGAAACUAUACAUAAGAAAGGAGAGCCGCAUAGUUGGGAAGCGUUGCCGCCAGACACUGCCACAUUCACCCCGGACAUUACGCCCUUAAUACUGUCGGCCCACAGGGAUAAUUAUGAAAUUAUUAAGAUUUUACUGGAUAGGGGUGCUACUUUACCUAUGCCACAUGACGUCAGAUGUGGUUGUGACGAAUGCGUAACCUCGCGUCUGGAAGACUCCCUAAGACACUCCCGGUCCAGGAUAAACGCUUACAGGGCUUUAGCCUCCCCGUCCCUAAUAGCAUUGUCUUCCAAAGAUCCCAUCUUGACCGCCUUCGAGUUAUCCUGGGAGCUUAGACGGUUAAGUUUUAUGGAGCACGAGUUCCACGGGGAGUAUCAGGAGUUACGGAAACAGUGUCAGGACUUCGCUACGGCCCUUUUGGACCACACGAGGAGCUCUUACGAGCUGGAAGUGCUCCUCAAUCACGACCCGACCGGGCCGGCUUUUGAGCAUGGAGAUCGGAUGCAUCUUAAUCGACUUAAGUUGGCUAUUAAAUUAAGGCAAAAAAAAUUUGUGGCCCACUCCAACGUCCAACAACUCCUCGCCUCAAUUUGGUACGAGGGUCUGCCGGGAUUCCGUAGGAAAAACAUGCUGCUCCAGGCCCUCGAGAUCGUCCGGAUCGGGAUUCUCUUCCCGUUUUUCUCUAUCGCCUACAUCGUGGCACCCCAUUCUGUGAUCGGACAGACCAUGAGGAAACCUUUCAUAAAAUUUAUCUGCCAUUCUGCCAGCUAUUUUACCUUUUUAUUUAUGCUGAUCCUAGCCUCUCAGCGACAGCUUUUCUUCAACGAAGGCAAAGACGAGAUAAUAAUGCAGAGAGGUACCAAGCCGUCCCUGGUAGAGUGUAUCAUUUUAGCAUACGUAAGUGGUUUAAUUUGGAGCGAAAUAAAGCAGUUAUGGGACGUCGGACUGGAGGAAUAUGUGAGAGACAUGUGGAAUGUUAUCGAUUUUAUCACCAAUUCUUUGUAUGUUGCCACGGUUGCCUUAAGGGUUGUAUCCUAUUAUGAGGUGCAGCAGAACCCGAAACUUCUCGAUAUUCCUAGGAAAGACUGGGACGCAUGGGAUCCAAUGCUGAUUUCCGAAGGACUAUUUUCUGCGGCCAAUAUUUUCAGUUCCUUAAAACUAGUCUACAUAUUCUCGGUGAACCCUCACCUAGGACCCCUUCAAGUCUCCUUAUCGAGAAUGGUGAUGGAUAUCAUGAAAUUUUUCUUCUUAUACGUCCUGGUGCUUUUCGCUUUUUCGUGUGGUCUUAAUCAGCUUUUAUGGUACUACGCAAGCGCCGAGAAGGGUAAAUGUAAAGACCCGGAUGACGCUUCGGGAGGGUCCAAUUUACCGGAGAACGAUUCAAACGCUUGUACCAUAUGGAGGAGGUUUUCAAACCUGUUUGAAACCGUACAGACCCUCUUCUGGGCCGUCUUCGGCCUAAUAGACCUGGACAGUUUCGACCUGAACGAAAUCAAAAUUUUCACCCGGUUUUGGGGCAUGUUGAUGUUCGGCACCUACUCAGUGAUCAACAUUGUUGUCCUCCUCAACCUGCUGAUCGCCAUGAUGAAUCACUCGUAUCAACUAAUUUCGGAACGAGCGGAUACAGAAUGGAAAUUCGCCAGGAGUAAAUUGUGGAUCAGUUAUUUUGAAGAGGGCGGUACUGUACCACCACCGUUUAACAUUAUACCGACACCCAAGAGUGGUUGGUAUAUUAUACAGUGGUUGAGAAGGAAGUUUUGUGGGUCCAGGGCAGCGAAGAAGGAACAUAUGAGGACCAUAAGGAGAAAAGUGAAGCAGGCUAGCGAACGAGACUUUAGAUACCAGAGCAUCAUGAGAAACCUGGUAAGACGUUACGUCACGGUAGAACAAAGAAAAGCAGAAAACCAAGGAGUAACCGAAGACGACGUAAACGAGAUCAAACAAGACAUUUCAGCCUUCCGUUUCGAACUGAUCGAAAUACUGAAAAAUUCCGGCAUGAACACCAGCACUGCACAUAGCGGAUUGGGCACCGGCGGCAAGAAAAAUCGCCAAAAAGAACGAAGACUGAUGAAAGGGUUCAAUAUAGCCCCACAACCUUCCAGCACCUCCGGUGUUCUUCCUCCUGUAGCUGAGUUCAUAGCCUCCCUUCAAGGACAUCACCAUGAAGGUCAUCACGACUUCUUCGGCUCAACCCUUUCGGGAAUAUUCAAUUCCGCUCCACGAAAACUCACUCAGCAUAGCAGCACGGUCUCUUCUAGUCAGGGAAGUAUUAACGAGGGUCAUCAUCACCAUCACCACCAUCAUCACCAUAGAGGAUUGGGGAGGUUUCAUUUGAAGAGGAGUCACUCACAGAAAAGAAGGUGGGGCACGUUGAUAGAAGCAGCCAAGACUGGAAAAGUGUCCAGGCUGAUCGGACGGUCCAGAUCCGAGGAUUCUGUUUGUAAUAAUUGCAGGGAGAAUGGGAAUCAUAAUCAUAGUCAUAGUAAUAGUCCUGCUUCGGAUGAAAAUGGUUCCAUGAGUGGUACAGAUUCGAAUCCUUCCAUCGAUAACGCCAGUAUCAAAGACCACGAGCCAGAGCUACAUGGUCUGGCACAUGGCCUGGCUCUUUUAAAAAAGAAGAGGAAGAAGUUUUCCGCCUCUAGAAACACCAGCCCCGUAGUAGUGACUCCUACUGCUGUCAGUGAGAGUUUGACUAAGAAAUUUUCCACCUCAAAAAAGCAGAUACCUCAAGUGUUAAAACGGGCUUCCAGCGUACCAACUCGGGUUCCAGACGUGGUCUCGCAACCGGUAUCCAGGCACGAAAAAACCCAAUCGCAACAAGACUCCAUCGAGGUGCCUCCGACCACUACAGGUGGGCUCAAUUUAACACCCUCUACCACAGAAGAAAGCGUAACAAACACCAUUCCCUCGAGCAGUUUGCCGGGAGAGAACGGCUCUUCCAGAGAACCACUUUUGUAUACAUCUUCCUCUAGCAAUCCUGCCACGGGGUCCACGCAGACUCCCGACGAGGAGUUUAAGCAAAAUCAACACCUUUUGCCGAAGUUACCUGGCGUUAUUCCCUUGAGCGGCCAUAACCAUAAUACGGGCUGGUUGUAGUUUUAGUUUGUUAUAAGGUUUAGGCUGUAUUCAUUUUCUCCGUUCUCUCUAAGUCCAUUUUUUAAAAAUUUGUUUUUGUUAAUUUUUUUUCUCUUUGAAAAAUAUAAUUGUCAGUAUUAGUCAUUUAUUCUAGCAUAUUACUUGUGUUCAAAAUUGCCCUUCACUUAUCUUUUAUUUUAUUUUUUUAUUCGUCUUUGUACUGUAACUUUUUUGUAGCUGAUUGUCAAUUUUAAAAUGGAAUUGUUGUUUUGAUAAUCCUCGCUAGAUCCUGACGAUCUCGAUUCCCAAUUAUUGAUUUAUGUUUUUUUUUUAAAUAUUUAAUUUACUUCAUACUCAAAUUUUAAUUUUGUUCAACCAUUUCCUACACUUUUUGAGCAUUAUUCCCUAGUCUCUUCUUCUUCUUCUUUAAGUGCAUUAUCCUCUACGAACGUUGGCAGUCACUAGCGCAAGUCUCACCAUAUCAUGCAAAUUCUUUAGCCACGAUAUUCUUCAUCGCCCAGGUCCUCUUCUGCCUUCGAUUUUACCUUCUAUUAUUAAUUUGAAAAGUCCAUAUUUUUCGUUACUACGUGUUCAAAGACGUGACUGUCCACGGAAUAUAUUUCCAAUAUCCAUCGAGCCGUUCACAGUUUGAGAGCCUGCACCUUUUUACAUAUGGCGUCUCUUAGAGAACAUGUAUCAGUUCCAUAAUAGAGGAUUACUGAAGAGAAUACAGUAACAAGUAGUACUGGAGUUCGAACGGAGAGGAAACUUCGGCAACACAACACGGACUUCAACUUUACGAAUGAUGCUAAGUUUAUUCUCUAUUUAACCUCUCAUUGAGCGAACUGAAGGUCUUCGAUUUGUUGGUAAUAUAACUGUAGAAUACUUCCUCCGAUCUGAUUCUUCCUAAUGACCGUGUAUUUGUUUUUUUUUUGGUGCUUCAAUUACCUGCUACAUGGUUAAACAAAUCUAAAGAUCUUCCAACGAGUUCGCUAUUAUAUAGGUGUCGUUAGCGUACCUAACGGAAUUUUCUUCAGGGGAGACUUUUGAAUCAAACUACGCCAUUUGUUGACCCUAAUUUCUGCAGUUUGGUCCACUAAAGAUUUACAACUAUUUUCACUAUUGUCUAGGCCUACAUCUUUAAGGUUUUUCAUGGGCUCUUCAUGUGAUACCCUAUCAAAAGCCUUUUUGUAGUCUGUGAAACAGGCAUAAACAGGAGGAGAGACAUCCCUACGCCUCUGAAUCAGCACCUGAAUACUAAACAGGACCUCCCUUUUUCGAAAACUAUUCCUUAGUUAUAUCAAGCCUUUCCAGUUUAUAUUGCUUAGGAAUUUCCACUCUUUCAUCAUGAAAAAGGGUUUUUUUAAUUUAGCUCAAUCACUGUUCUACUAUUUCUUUGGGCCUUCUAAUUUUGUUCUUUAUUUCUAGGUUCAUCUAGUAAUGUUUGGGAUGUCUUUCUUCCAUUUAGUUAAGAACGUCCGUUAAAUUAAGUGUGUUCGUCUGAGUGAUCUCUUAUUGGUGCAUAUAUGUAGAUGAUGUCGGUAUGGCUUGGAAUUGAUAUGUAAAACUGGUUUUCUAUCAGAAACUAUGACAAAAAAUUGAACUUAUCUAAGAGCGCCACACUAUUGUAGUGAUUGACCUCGUCAUUUACGUCAUUUGAAUUAAGGGAAGAUAAUAGUGUCCCGAACAUUCUUCCACCUCAGGAGACACAGUCAAUAAUAAACUAUUACUGUACUACAGUCAACAACGAGAUCAACUAAAUCACAAAUACCUCAUAGUCACUCAGUCACUUUCACUGCUGUCUUGUUCAACACAUCGGUUAAUCCACUCGCCACCUUACUGUCUCGAAUUCGGCUUCAGGAGUUGGAGACUGUAGGAACAGAGACAUCCUACUUCCACACCUCGCUCCACACUAAAACACAGCGGAUAAAGUCAUUGUAGAGGUCUCAAUUAUUCACCUCAGAGAGUUUCCAACCGCACUUACCCUGUAAAAAUCACUAAUCUUACCCAUCCGCCAGUCCACUCGCAUAGAACUGGCAUUACCGAUUAUCCCUGGAUAUUUGAUCCAGACCGGACUCACUUCGUCUUUUUAGAGAGUAACUGUAUUCAGUGCAAAAGUUUGCGCGUUAAUCAUUUCCAACCGUUGAAUAUGCCUUGCCUUACGACUCAAGGAGACUCCCUCAACAGAGUCACAGUCAGGUAAACUUGCAAAAAUUUUCCAUCAAACCGCAUCACAUAACACCGGCUCUCUUCCUAAUUAUAUGACUUGGUCUCUGAGGCAUAAAUGCAUCUGAGCUGCAACAGCAUCUGCUCUGAGGCAUAAAAGUCACUGUUUUUGUUCCAUAUGUUAGAACUGGCAGCAUUCACUGAUGUUUAGGACCACAAGGAGUUUUCUCUUCAAAUACAUAAGAAUAUCUGAUGUAAAGACCUGCUUCCGUAAGCUGUCCAUAUCAAUUUUAUUCUCCUGUUUUAUUCUGCAGUCUCGUUGCCUGUUCUGAAGAAACUGUUAAGGGUUUUUGUUAAACUACAACCUCGUUUUAGAGCUCUCAAACCUAUUUUGUUUUUGUUCAAAACUACCAAAGCAACUUGUUUCUCUUAUUAAGCAGUUAAAUGUAGUUUUUUUUCUUUGUGCCAAGAUCCCUAAACCUAAUUGGCUCUAUUCCAUGGUAGCUUACACAAUUUUUCUCCACGUUUCUGGUUCCACAAAGUUAAUUUUGUUUCUAUUUCAAGCUACCGAAGGAAUUUUUAUCUUCUACCCAAGCCAUUAAAUGCAGUUUUUUUAGUGCUCCGAUCCCUAAACCUAAUUGGCUCUAUUUUUCGUUAGUUGUUGAGAUACUCUCUAGUUAUGUUGACUCCAAUAUUUUCUCUACUGUUAUUAUUCAUGGCCUUCAGCAGCAGAGCAAUGAACAAUUUUAGGGAGAAUCUUUUUUGCAACUAUGUAUAUUUUUUCAAGCAGUUUACAGUCUAAGUGCAUCGAAAAAUAAGGUAAAUGACUUCAUCUCACUGGAAAAAAGCUUGAAUUACUUGGACGAGCUUAAUCAUUAGCUCAACUGUCUGUAAAUUAAUUAUUUUAUUUCCAAGCAGUUUACGACCACAACUGCCCUCAGCUACAGUGAAGAAAUGACUCCAGUUACUCCAAUGACUAAAAGAAAUGAGAAAUAAAUUUCAAUCGCCUGUAAGAAUUUAAGCAUGAGCUUAUCAACUUUCGGUUAAUAUGUCUAGUUUUCCAGGCAGUUUACAUUACUGAUAGGAACUCAACUGCAUUUGCAACUGCAUUUUUUCAGAACUUGACUUCAUUGAAGAAAUGGGAAAUGACUGCUGGACAUAAGCUUCCCGUAAAUCAUUGCUUCCAGCCUUGAGAACUUUGCACCCAGUUCUAGGUCUCCAUUCUAGGAUUUUCUUUGUCCAUCUAUGUUUUUCUUCAGGCGUUAUAAUCUGCGUCCCUAAACACCGGUUCUCUCCCUAAUUAUCUUAUUUGGAACUCUCUGGAGUACAUUCAACAUUCAUCUCUUCAUUUUUCUCUCUGCUACUUGGUCAAUACCGCUCAGUGUUUCUCUUUCGAAUCGAAGCUCUCAUUUUGAUCUUAGUAUCGUUUGAAGAUAAUUUCAGGCUUGAGUUUGUGGAACUUGCGUGAUGUUGGUCUCAACAGUCUCUGCUUUUUCCUGCUUCCAUAAUUAGUUCAUAAUUUAGUUUGUUUCUGACCUCAAUUAGCAUGUCGGAGCUGUUCAGCUCUAGUUUAGUACAGUUUUUUUUUACUAUCAACUUUUUUGGAAUUAAUUGAAUAUUUACUAAGAGCGGAUUGUGAUUAGAAUUUAUGAAGGUAAGGCUUUGCUGAUUUAAUACAAUUUCUGUAUCUUUAUUUAUCAGAAAGUCUAUUUGGUUCCUAAGUAUCCUCUAUGGGGUUAGAGGUCCAAGUGUCUUAGUGAAUCAUUACUGACUUUAGUGAGAUUUACGGCGUCCUGUAAUUCAACAACAUCGUUUGAGUAAUCUCUCGCUGGUGCAUAUAUCUUGACGAUGUUGACAUUAUAUGACUGGGAAUUGAGCUGUAAAAAUGUUACUCUAUGAUUGACCUUAUCAUUGUCAGCCUAGAAUUUGGCCAUCUCGUUUUGCUAAACACUAGAUUGAAACAUACUUUCUGCGUUCUAGGUUCAUAGCAUCUUCCUCAUAAUUGGCCUAGAGAUCAUCUGAGCACCCUUUGAUCAAUUAGGAGCUAUUGAAGGCCUGUGCUUUUGGCUUAGCAAUCACUUUCCAUCUGUCACUUGUCAACUGUCUUACUAAUAAUAAACAACAAAAUUACUUGUCAUCAAAGGUCAAUUAAUAGAAGAUUUUAAAAGUGUCGCCAAUGAGAAUUAAUGACAUCUUUUAAUU